GGAGUGGGAGCUGCACAGGGCAGCCUCACUUGCUCCAGAACCUUCCUCUCUUCAUGCAAAAUGAAAAUCCUCGGGGUAUUUCUGGUGGUGCUGGCCGUCUUUGGGAUCCCAGCUCAUGGACAUGAGGUGUAUAACAUCAUCAGCCCCAGCAGCAAUGGUGGCAGUGUUCAUGAGACGGUGAAAAUCGACAAUGAGAAAAACGCCGCCAUCAUUAACAUCCAUGCAGGAUCGUGUUCUUCUACUACGAUUUUCGACUAUAAACAUGGCUACAUCGCAUCCAGGCUGCUCUCCCGAAGAGCCUGCUUCAUCUUGAAGAUGGACGAGAAAAUCCCUGCUAUGGACCAACUCAAACGGUACAUCUACGAGAGUCAGGCUAUGAACAACAUGUUCUCCAACGAAUACACGUGGGUCAGGUACAACCCUCUGCAGUCUCUGAUCCUGGAGGCAGACUGGUUCCUGUUUGGGUCACCCAUUGAGCAUCUCUGCGAACACAUCCCUUUGUAUAAAGGGGAAAUAGUUCAAAAGUCAGAGUCAGAUGACAUCAGUGCCAAAGGCUGCGCAAAAGCUGGGCUCCUGGGCAUCUUGGGAAUUUCCAUCUGUGCAGACAUUCACAUUUAGGAUGAUCAGCCUGCUCGUUCCAUCUUUUUAAAGAAAUAUACUCUUGGUUUCCACUCAAAAGCCAAAUUACAUUUUUCCUUAUGCACCAACUAUUUUUGAGAUUUAGA